GCACAAACAGCGGUAUUUUACCUUACGCAAAAUGUAUGUGAUGGGUGCAAGUACAUUCACUCAUCCGAAGAUAAGAAGUAGAGAAAUAUUCGCAAACUGUUCUCAUUGAAUCAGUCGUGUUGAAACACUGGUAAAAUAAUGGAAGGCACUUGGAAGAAAUUAACGAAUAAAAGUGAUGUGUAUACAUCAACAGCAGUGCAUGCCGGUACCGAUAUCGAUGGAUCUCCAACCUAUGUGGCACGAGCCCCAUUCACCAAUCAGAUAAUUCCGGGUAAACUUGUUGUAAGACAAGACGGGACGUUAUACUUUUUCUACUGUUAUGGCGGUAUAGAAUUUCUUGUCGACAAUAAGUUGGUUGAAUUUUUGGUUAACGAUGGAUACUGUUGGGAAAAGGAUCAACGUAAAAAUGGGGAAGUACCAGCCAACGCUAUUAUUGGUGGAAAAGGCGUCUAUAAUAUGUCCCAUUACAUUGGACGUGCUUAUCACGAAAGGGUAUGGAUUCCAGGAAAAAUUGAUGGACUUAAUAAAUGUUUAUUCGUGCCGUUUGAUUCCGAGGAACAUAGGAAAGAUGAGUAUUACGUUCUUGUCAAGCCAGACACAGAAGCAUAUGGCAGGAAUUCAUCGGGUGGAUGUUUUAAAUCUACCGGACGAAAAAUUAAUAUUAAAAACUUUGCUUUAUUCAAAAUUAACUAAAAAGUUACUAAUGAAUGACGACAAUGCAUUCUUAUCAACAGUGGCGCGUCGAAUUCAAUUUCUUUUUUUAAAUUAUUCAACAAUUUUUUUUAACUUGAUAAAUGGACGUAAGAUAGGAGAGGAGAGUCAUGGUCGCGUAUUAAUACAUUAUACGAAGAACGUUUCAUCAAUUUUAAUUCGAUUAUUUAUAGAGCGACUGCAGACUGGGUUUUCUUAGAAUUGUAAAUUUAAUCGCCGAUUUUUGUUAUGGUGUAGUAUUAAAAAAUAUUUUGUUUUUUUUUCGAUUAUUUACUGGUGAUAUAAACAGCAGGUUCUCUUUUUCAUAUAUUUUAUGGCUUAGCACAAUUUUCCUUAACCUUUUACAGACUGCAAGCAUUAUGACCUGACCAGUAUCAUUAUCGGGUCUAUUACAACAAAUUUUGUGUCCAUUAAUCAAAUAUGGAACGGUUAUUUGUUAAAAAAAAGAAGUGACGACUUACGGUACAUUCGGAUAGUGCUAUUUAAUUUAGCAAACGUGUUAAAAAAUGUGAACAAACAGAACUUGUGGAGACUCUAAAUACUACACUGAAUAUCUGCUUACUCUGGUACAACAAAACCUAGUCACGACAGCCGUAAGCCCGGCUCAGUGUUUUUGAGUGAAUGAAUAUUUGAACCAAAAACUAUAUUUCAAUGCUUCCUUGAAUAUGGGCCUCAUUCGACGGUGCGUUAGUUAGAGCCUUCAAACUUUUUAUUUUCGGAGUACUUAUGGCGGGAAUUUUUACAUAAAUUCGAUUUUUUUUUGUGUGGAAUAUAUUGCAUAUCGUUCAAACGGAAUCAAUCUCUCAAAUGCUUCUGAACUUCUUUUGAAAAAUCUUCUUGCUCAAAUCCUUGUAAAUGGCCGGCCACAAGUGACGUAGUUGUUACGAAAACAAUUUAUUUAAGCCAACUGUUCGAAUAGUACCUCUAAUUGAAAAGAAAGCAUCACAUUCUAUUACUUCGUUAAAUUUAACAUUAGUUUAUCUACACUUGUCGAGCUUGUAGCAAAUUUUUGUAAUCGAGGUCUUUCAACAUGUUGCAUUAAUAUGCAGUUCAAAAAUACCAUUUCUCAUCAGGCCAUGGCGACAGUGGCAAAGAAAUGACCAAACUACGAGAAUUUUUGUAGUUUAUUAGUAGUGUCUGGAAGUCUAUAACUCAGAAUAUAUUUUUAUUUCAAAGGCUCUUACAGUUACAAUCUGCAGCCACAACACUGAUGGCCCUUCUCUUAGUUGGGUUAUUGACAAAAUUAAAAUUUUAUUAAAAUUUACUGUAAGGGGUCAACAUGAUCAAGUAUACGUUUGCUUAUACAUCCACACAAUCCUUAUAUCAUAGCCAUCAUUAUCGUCAUCAACAUCAUCAAAUGAACCAUUCAUUUUAAACUCCCCUAUAAAAAUUCAUUUAGUGUCUCCGGUUCAACAGAUCUCCCCAUUUAAACUGGAGAUGAAAUAUUAGAAAUCUCUUUCUCCUCUCCACCGAAGAAACGCUAUUUUAAAUGAAGCGACGACGGGGUGUACCAGAGAUGAUAUCAAAACGCUGUAUAUAAAUGUAAUAAACGCGCAGUCUCCCGUGUUCAUCUUCUGUUUCCAAUACCAUGGUCAUAAUCAUCCUCCCUCAUCCACAUAGUCAAUCCGUAAGCUGAAUGUUAUUCACAUUGUUGUAUAAAAAACGUAGUUUACUCCAUGUGCUCCUUUUUAUUGUCGACAUUAAACGAACAUUUUGCCGAUAGAUUUUCCAGAAGUGUACGGUGUAUAUUUUGCGAAGUACUCAUGAGAGCCGUUUUCUAUUCCCAACGGUUAGUUAAUGUCGGACUUGAAAGCUAUUCGCUACUGUUCUGCAGUUGAUGGAACACGAAUGUGCGAGUUGGCAUUUUCUUCAAAGAAAAUAAUAAUAAUAAAAAAAAGAAUCUUGUGUGCCACGGUUGAAUUUACUUAGUGCGGUGAUAUAAGCAACAGAGAGUAAAGAAGAAAAAAAAAUUGAAUAAAGAAAAACAUUCGGAAAUUUAACUUUAUUUUAUCAAAAAGGAAAAUCUUUGAAAAAUAAUUUGUAUUUUUUGGUGUCAGGUGUUGGAUGAAAAAUUUAUCGAAUAGUAUAAGAUACGAAAAAAGGGAACCCUUUCGUUUAUUUUUAAAGUGAAAAUAUAUGUCCGAAAAACAAAACGAUUUUUCAUCAAUAUUUUAUUGAAAGACAGCAUUAUUUACGUGUCUGGCGUUCCGGCUAUUUAUAUUACUACAAUACUGGUACAACAGUUUCUUAUCAAUAUUGGAUUUCGUAACAUAUUACGAAAAGAAAGUUUUUUUUAUUCCUUUCUUGCUGGUCGAUUUUCUUUUCGCACAUAAACCCUAUACACGACAUACUCUAUAUAUAAAAAUUCAACCCCAGCACAUCUCCAGAAAAAUGAUAAUAAAUGGAUCUACUUAAGUGUACGCGUUUUGUUUUUAUUUACCCCAAAGAGAAUAUAAAAGGAAGUGAUAGAAUAAUAUAGAAAAUUCGUUGUGUGUGGUAUAUAUAAAAAGAAAGUAUUCAGUGCGUGCAUGGUGUGUUGCGCCUAACUCGAUUUUCCGGUUUUUCCUUUUUAUUUUUUUUUCGUCUACUUUCGUUGUUAUUUCCAAAACGGUUACGGUUCUCUCCUCAAAUGAGACGAAAUACUUGACGAAAUUAAUAAUAAGUAUGCAAUUAACUCGACCCCACAUUGCCAUAUCGUAAUUGCUUGUUAUGUACAUGUAUAAAUGACUUGUUUGAUAUCUUCGUUCGAUAUGAUGAGCUUAUAAAACAUUAAUUUUUUUCGUCGGUUCUCCGGUUUAUAAAUGUGUUCAUUUUUCGUUGUUACGACUAUUGCCUAAGAAGUGCAAAAGACCAUAAUCUCCGCAAGGAUAACUUAUUGCCACGCAUUAUGAAUUAUAGAUGCUCAAUCAUAUGCGUUUUAAUUCGACUUUUUAUUGUGGUUAUUUCGUUUUUCGGCUUUGGGACGGCAAGUAUCGAAGGAGAAAAUGUGCCGAUAAAUUUCAUCGAAGCUGUGCAAGGUACAACUGCACGAAUACCAUGCGACGUCACACCACCCAUAGAUGACGAUAAAAUAACAUUAGUUAUUUGGUAUAAAGAUGGCCUUACUACACCCAUAUAUAGUUUUGAUGCACGUGAUUUUAAAAUAGAAACCGGAUCACAUUGGUCCGAUGAAACAAUCUUAAAUGGACGUGGAUUUUUUCAACUCAAAGCGAAUCCCGCUACAUUUGCCAUAGAGGCUGUGAAAAAUUCCGACACAGGAAUAUAUAGGUGUAGAGUGGACUUUCAGAAAAACCCAACAAGAAAUUCCAAAUUUAAUCUUACUGUGAUAAUUCCCCCCGAGAAUAUAUUGAUACUAGAUGAUAAAGGAGCUCAUAUACCGCAUUAUAUACUGGGUCCUUACAAUGAAGGUGCUAACGUCGAAUUGACAUGUGUCGCCACUGGAGGUCGUCCCCAGCCGAACCUGACAUGGUGGCGUGGUGAAAACCAUCUACUAGACGACUCAUACACGGUGACGAAUGAGAAAAAAGUCAAAAAUGUUUUGCUACUAGAAAAAUUGCAACGCCAGCAUCUGCAUGCAGUGCUUGCAUGUCAAGCAUCGAAUAAUAACGUAACAACUCCCAUAAGAAGUGCCGUCACUUUGAAUAUGAACCUUCGUCCGUUAUGGGUGAAGUUGCAAGGUGAAAAUAAGCCAUUAUCAGCUGGUACAGAGCAUGAACUUCUCUGCGAAGUAGUUGGAUCCCGUCCAGCACCAACAAUCACUUGGUGGAAAGGAAGUAUUCUAAUGAGAAACUCAACAGACACGACAUCUCAAGAUGCCAAUACGACCAUCUCAAUGCUGAAAUUCACACCAACAAUUGAUGACAGUGGUAAAUAUUUGUCGUGUCGCGGCGAACAGCCACUGAUACCGGAUUCUGGCUUAGAAAGUGGAUGGAAGUUAGAUAUACAUCAUGUUCCUGUUGUUUCAUUGGAACUGGGUAGUAAUUUGAAUUCAACGACGAUUCGGGAAGGAGCUGAUGUGUACUUUGAAUGCAACAUUAAAUCAAAUCCGUGGGUUUACAAAGUCAAUUGGAACCAUAAUGGAAAGCCACUCUAUAACAAUGUUUUGGCUGGCAUAAUUGUGGCAAACCAGAGUCUAGUUUUGCAGAAUGUGACAAGAGCUCGCAGUGGAUCGUACACAUGCAUCGGCAUCAAUAAUGAAGGCGACGGUGAAAGUAACACGGUGCUUCUGGAUAUUAAAUAUGCGCCACUAUGUCGACCUGGUCAAAUUCAAGUGUAUAACAUAGCUCGCCAUGAAACUGCUAAAAUCGUAUGCGAACUGGAAUCGAAUCCAAGCCAUGAUGUUAAUUUUACGUGGAAAUUUAACACAUCAAUUGCUGAAACAACCGACCUUCCGGCAUCGCUAAUUGCAAUCGAACGUUCCAAAAGUGUUGCCCAUUACACGCCAACAAACGAACAGGACUAUGGAACUCUAUUGUGUUGGGGCACUAACGAUAUUGGCACACAAUCCGAACCGUGUAUUUUCAACGUUAAUCCAGCAGGAAAACCAGACGCUCUAUCAAAUUGCACUAUUUCAAAUCAAACUCUGAAUGUAUUACAAUUGGAAUGUUUGGAAGGCUUCGAUGGGGGACUACCGCAACUGUUUGAAGUUGAGGUUUUCUAUGCACGAACCAAGAAUUUGGUGCUGAAUCAAUCAUCCAAGCAACCAUUUUUCGAAUUGAAAGGUUUACGAUCCGACUAUGGCUACGACAUUGUUCUCACUGCAAAAAAUGCAAAGGGAAAAAGCGCUGAGACCAUUCUUCACAUGUAUACAUUGAAUGGCGCUGAAAAACAUACCGAUGAAUUUCCGUCGUUGGAUUUCCUUUUGCCAUACACCGGAAAUUCACUUCAGACUAAAUUAUUACUGGGCGCAGUGGCUGGUCUGGUAUUUGGCAUUUUGUUGAUUUUGAUUGCAUCCAUGGUUAUAUUGAGAUUGAAACGUAAACGCGUCGGUAAUGGUGCACCGGAUAAUGGCCAGACAGAUACAUCGGGCGCAACGGAACAGUCAUGCGAGGCAACAUUGAGGGGUGGCCUGUCGGGUAGUGUGGAUAGUUUGGAAAAGAAUCCGGAUAUUAUACCGCAAGGUCAAGAGGACUGUGUAUUCGACGAUGACAGUAAAUUACACUGGAAUCAUCCACGAACAUACGCUACAGUUGCACUAGCCGGACAAUACAGUUCCAAACCGAAUAUUCAUCCGAAUUAUCAAACAUGCCAAUAUACGAUUCCAGAAAAUUUUGAAGUGGACAAUUACCAAAGCCAACAAAGCCAACAAGCUCAUCCAGAUCAAAUGCAAUAUGCAACUUAUACGAAUGCAGAUAAUCAGACGGUGUGUAUUAAUAAAGAACUUACUUACGCGGAAUUAUCAUUAGUCAUCCCCAAGCAAAAAGCAAUUUACACAAGCGCCACAUUGGGACGACCGAGGAAUAAAGAUGUCAGAGUAAAUGAACCAACCAUUUACGCUCAGAUUGACCUGGCACAUGAUGGACCGCAAAAUGGAUAUUCGCCGGUUACAUGGAUACCGGCCCAGCACUUAAAAACGAUGCAAAAUCAUCAUCAUCAGCAGCAGCAUCAGGACCAGAGAAUGGCGCCAAUUGUAUGCUCAAAAGAAUCGCCGAUCACACUGAAAUUAUCAGCUGAAAACUACGCUCACCACAAUUCUCCAAUGUCACCACAACAAAUAUUAAAUCAUCAGCAGCAACAGCACCAACAACAACAACAACCGCAUCAUCCAUCGAUGCAAUUAGCCGAUCCCGGAAAUACCGCUGCGGUUCCACGCUUCUGACAUUAAAUCAGCUAUCUUCAGCGAAAGUCAACGACACAUUAGCUGUUAGGUAAAAAUGAAAAGAAAAGAAAAACUGAAAACGUUUGCCCCUUGUAAUAUAAAGAUGAAUCGAUAGAAACAGAAAUUUUGCAUAAAUAAAAUGUCCAAUGCAAAAUCAAAAUAUUUAGUGAAAAUUUCAAUGAAAAUUUAUAAAACAUAGCGAAUGGUUACAGGUAUUACAGAAUAUUAUGCGUGUGCGUGUGAGUAAAAGUGAUGUGCAAGUGAAUUCCGAAGUUAUGUAUGUCAUACACAUAGAGUUUAUAAAUAAAUUAUAAAUUAAGGAGUUACACUUAAUGGUUGUGUUAAUUGUUACCAAAUUGCGUAAUUAAAAAAUUGAAUUUGUUUGACUCUAAAAUAUACAAAAACCAAAAAUUUUAUGCUGUAAACUGUAAGUAUUUGUAAACAAAAUGGUACGGAAAGAAACACGUGUGCGCUAUCCGUAUAAUGGCCGCACAACUUCCGCAUAUUCAUCAUUUUUAUUUUACGGCAAUCCAUUAACCGGUUAUUUCCGUUGUUGUGCAAAUAUUUAUUUUACACAUGUCGCCGAACUGCCAUAAAAAGACGAACAGACGAAAAAUUAACGAUCAUCGAUUCUACAUAAUCUUAUCCACAAAUUAAUACUUAACAAAUCACCGAAAAUGUUCACUCUCCAAUAAUAUCCAAACAAUUAAUACAACAAAACAACUAAACAAAUCACGAGAAAAAAACAUUAUUUUUGUAGUAAAAUCAACGACAACGAUUUCCCACUAAAAUUGCCAUUUUUCCCCAUUCACACAAAGUGUUAUGAAUGUCAUUUUGAGUCGUUAUGGACGAAAAUCGGAGGGUUGGUUUUCUUUUUAUAUUAUAUGCGAAUUCCAUUAAUGACGACCGGAGAAGACGAAAAAUAAUUUUUUUUAUCCUCGUUCUAUGGUUAAGAAAAUUAGGGUUCUUUUAGUUAUGGAUGAGAUAAAUAAGUUGUAGAGUGGAUCGACUUAUUGGCGUUCCAUCAAUUUCUUCUUUUCUGGGAAUUCCGUACUAUUGGUUUUCCAUGAAGAAAAUCGGCAAAAAACUCAGCUACACGACAAGUUAAACCAUUUGUGGUAGCUAUAACGACGAAGACUUCGACAUCAAUACGAAAAUAUCUUCAAUAUUCUACAAUCUGUUAGUUCUGUUCUUUAAACAUUCGCCAGAUUUCGAAUGAAAAUCUGUUACUUCACUCAUUAUAUCAUAAAUUUUGUUAUAUAAGAGAAGACUGGCCUCAACUCAUUGCUUAUUUUUGUCGUCCCUGUCGAUGAAAUAUGACUCGUUCUAAGAGAUUAAAAAUUAUAUUUUGCCUUUUUCGAGCAGCAGCACAACCGGUCCGCAUGUACACAGGGAUGCAUAUACUUAAAAUAAAAUUUAUCCAAUGUCAAAUAGUAUGCCUUAUACAACCCACUCCCGACAUGAUGAGAAUAGUAUGGUCCUAUCAAAAUGUUCCCUCUCUCUUUCCAACCCUCUCUGUAAACAUCUGGCAGCCACUGAAAAAGUGCAACGCUUACCAACUAAUAAUUCGCCUUAACUUUAUCUGUUGACAAAUGACUGACACAACACCUCGCGGUGCUGUUCUUUCAUUACAAAGCUAAAUGAUUGAUAUAAUGUUACGAAUUAAUUUCGGGUUAAAUUAUUGACGAUAGUAAUUCAUAUACACGGAGGUUCCAGGUUCGUACACAACACCAUUAACACUCCUAAUCUGAUCUAUUAAAUUAAUGCUCAACUGUUCCGUGUUUUUUUUUUUUCAUUAAUGCCGAGCCACCUUAAUGCGAGUAAUGAUACGUUGUGAAUAAAAAUAUGGGAGGAAUGAAUAUAUCACUUAAGUUCGUAAUCGGAUAUGUGUUUUGUUUUUCGGCAAAAGGUAUAAUAAUACGUGGAUGGGAGAUGACUCACCUUAAUCUGUUUUGGCCCAAUUAAAUCGAAUAAUUUCUCUCUUUUAAUGAAAAUUAAUUAGUUAGCUGAGAUAUUUUAGGAUUUUUCGUAUGCAAAGUGAUAAUUUCGGUGGAAAAUUGA